CUCGGACCCACAACAUGCUGGGUAUUACUCCUUUGGUCACUUCAAAAAGGUGUCCUUUAAGGCUGGAGCUUUGGGAGGAAAAGUGCCUCUAGAGAUACUCUUGGACACCUCAUCUCGCAACGAGACUUUCCUAACGGACCUCAUAUACCAGUCUUUCAGUUGGGGAUAGGCGCUAUUUCGAACCUUCUGCCCGCACCGUUAAGAUAUACGUCAUACUUCUAAUCGUAGCCAAAAAUUCUUCGCAAUGUCUCCGUAUCGUGCGACCACUCCAGAGACUGAUUCUGAGGUUGAAUAUCCAUUGCUCGAGCAACUGAAUCUUCGGAUGACAGGAGAAAAUGAGCAAAAUGACGAUGACGACACUGAAACAGUUAAUAGCUGUUCCGACGGUGGAUUGUGGAUGCGGGAGCGACCAAAAGAAUUUAAUGUUGUAUGGACACGGCGGGCAUUUGUCAAGAUUUUAUUCGAACAAGAGGAGAUAUUUGCGAGAUUCUCAGACUUUUGCAAGUUUGACACACCAACCUAUCACGCACUUCGAUUCCACAGUGCAUAUACUCGUGUUAUCCGUCAUCUGACGGAACGCCUUCCACCAUCCUACCGGCUUUCCCUCUCACAUCCAACAUUUGCCAUUAGUCGAUUCCUUUCCCCAGAUGCACCGCCUGCACCAUCGCUCUCCUUUCCUUCCAAAUUUGUUCCACACAUUCACAAACUGUGGGCAACAUAUGUUGCACAUUCAUGGGAUGACACGCAUCUAGGAAUGUGGAUUCCUGGUCAUGUUCGGAUGAAUAUAGCGAUUGGGAUGAGCAACGAGAAGAUUUGGUGCGGAAUAUUGGACGAGUGUGUUGCUUGGGUAUUGGAAGCAAUAUUCAAGGGCGCGUUCCGACGUUUUGUUGGGGGAGGUUGGUUAUACAAUGGAGCGGUACUGGACGCUUCGAAAUAUCCGAGCCCGCCGGCAUCACCUGCUGGAUCAUCGAGCUCCACCACGCGCUAUUCAAUGCGCUCCUCGACCUCUUCUUCCCUUAUUGCACCUUGUAUUUCCGUACGAACAUCUUCUCUUCGGCCCCCUCCUUCCUGGUCAAGACAACUAUCAGUUCUAUCCAUGGAUUCGGAGCAACGCGACUCGGGAGUCUCAGUCAAGAUAAAUGACAGAGAUAAGGGUGAUGUGGCCUCCCUGUAUAGUAAAUUGGAAUCGUUGGACAGGAGAUAUCCGAACUCUGCGUGGGGAAAGCGAGGAUCAAGGAAAUAAUAAGGCGCGACGGUGCUUUUGUAUAGUCUGUAUAGUUUUUGCUCUAUGAGUCUCCUUUUGUUUUUCUAGUCUAUUGUUCUGCUACUUGUGAAUUUCGGACCUUGGGAUGAUACGUACAUAGUGUAACAUAGUUUCUGUGCAUGAAUAAUGCCUCACUAAUGGAACCAGUCAUUUUCUCAA